GAAUGCAAGACUUCCAUCUUCAUCACAACAACCCAAACAACAUCAACCGACCAGUUACAAACGACGACGAUGGCGACACUGGCACAACAAGCUUUGCUGCUGCUGGCUGUGGCGGCCGUGGCAGUUGUGGUGGAUGUUACAGCAACGACAACGGCGACGGCAGCGGCGACGGCUGCUGUUACAGGGGUGGUGAGAAGAGCGUCGACGGUGUUUCGAGCAGGGGAGGCGUCGUACUCGUGCUUUCGCGUGCCGACGAUCGCCACUGUGGACGGCGCCAUGUUGGUGUUUGCGGAAGCGCGGCGCACGUCGUGUGCAGACCAGUCGCCCAAGGACAUCGUGUACAAACGCAGCCACGACAAUGGCACGACAUGGAGUGAGCUGGCCCGCCUCGUUGGCAACCACAAGGGCAACCACACCUACCGCAACCCCUACGCCACCGUGGUCUCGCAGCCGGGCUCUGCAGCGUGUGCGACGAAGCUGGUCGUCGGCUUUGUCAACUCCACCCUUCCAGAACCGUGGAUCAACCAGCACAGGUGGUCGUGCAAUGGCGGCAAGACGUGGAGCAGCAUUGAGCGCGUCAACCUCGCCCCAUGGGAAGGCGUGCUGGCAGGGCCUGGCACCGGUAUCCAGCUCUCCACACCGCCUCACGCCGCACUCGCCACAGCACCGCGCAGCGCAGGCGGUGUUGUUCCCCCAUCGUCAGCCGCAGUUGGAGACGAGCCAGAGAGCAAGCAACAGCAACCACUGCAUUCACUGCAGCGACAGCAAAGAGCUGCUCGCAUUUUGGGGUGCGGGGCGACGGGCUACCAUGCUGGUCACAGCAUGAACGCCGUCGUGUGGUACAGCGACGAUGGCGGCGUCACCUUCAACGUGUCGUCUUCAGUGUUUGCGCAGAUGCAGGAGUGCCAAGUGGUGCAACUCUGGAACGGCACGCUUGUCUUGAACAUGCGCAACAGCCAUCUCAACGCGUGCCGCUGCCGUGCGUAUGCGCUCAGCCACGACGGCGGCGUGACGUGGGAGGGCCCAUAUUGGGCACCGCAGCUCAUUGAGCCUGUCUGCUCGGCAGGGCUGAUCCGGCUCGGUGGCGCCCUCUACUUCAGCAACCCGCACUCGGCAUCCCACCGCGUCAACAUGACGGUGCAGGUGGCCACCUCAGAUGACAUGCGCUGGCACGUGUACCAGCAGCUGUGGCCCGGCCCUGCUGCGUACUCCGUCAUGGGCCACACGCCUGCCAGCGAACCAUGUAUUGUCUAUGAGCGCGGCUCCUCGUCUCCAUAUGAGGAGCUUGCCUUUGCAGCCCUCGCGCCGGCCAACUAACAUCUGUGUGUGUGUCUGUCUGUCUGUGUGUGUCUGUCUGUCUGUCUGUCUGUGCCUGUCUGUGUCUGUGUCUGUGUCUGUGCCUGUGUCUCUGCCUGUGUGUCUGUCUGUCUGUCUCUUUGUCUGUCUGUCAGUGACGACUUUGUGUCACCAUCUUGCUCGUUAUCCCCCCCCCCCGCAUGUCGCCUGCUGUGAAGGUUACCCCUCCCUCCCUCACUUGAUAGAACUCUGACUACAUAUUUCCAAGC